AUGCAGAGGGAGUCAGAAGGAGUCAUGCAGAGGGAGUCAUGCAGAGGGAGUCAGAGGGAGUCAUACAGAGGGAGUCAUGCAGAGGGAGUCAUGCAGAGGGAGUUAGAGGGUGUCAUGCAGAGGGAGUCAGAGGGAGUCAUACAGAGGGAGUCAUGCAGAGGGAGUCAUGCAGAGGGAGUCAUGCAGAGGGAGUCAGAGGGAGUCAUGCAGAGGGAGUCAGAGGGAGUCAUACAGAGGGAGUCAUACAGAGGGAGUCAUGCAGAGGGAGUCAUGCAGAGGGAGUUAGAGGGAGUCAUGCAGAGGGAGUCAUGCAGAGGGAGUUAG